CGACUCCGGAACGGACUGCGACGUGGCAGCGGGUCCCGGAGAAUCUCCGGGGUGUUGGCCCCCGACCCUGCCCCGCGAAGCGCGGGGCAUGGCGGGGGCGCACCCGGCCGUCUGGUUCGGCUUCGGCUUCUGCGGCUUCGGGCAGGUGCCAGACUCGGGGAAUGGGCGCCAGGUUCUCCGCCCCGAGCGGCUGCUGGACGCCGACAUCUGCCGCGUGAGCGCCGGCUGGAGCUACACGGCCGUGCUGACCCGUGCCGGCCGGCUGCAGCUGUCGGGCUCGGCGGACGGCGCGACCAGCGGCUGCACGGACGUGUGGGCCUCAGAGGAGCUGCUGGUGCUGCUGCGCUCGCGUCCGGGCCCGGGGCCACGCACCGAGCUGCAGGCCUGGGAGCCCGGGGCGGCGUUGCGCGGGGACCCCCGCUGGACUCGGCUUCUGGAAGACGCCAGCGAGUCGGGCGACGGAGGCGGCGGUGACCGUCAACCCGGCCCGCUGCCCUUGCUGCCCGGCGCCCGCGCUUACGUGAGCCCGCGGCCGCCCCACUACCGGCCUCUGGGCCCGGAGCUGCGGGCCCGCAGGUUGGAGCUGGGCGCGGAACACGCUCUGCUGCUGGAUGCCGCCGGCCAGGUGUUCUCCUGGGGCGCAGGAAGGCAUGGACAGCUCGGCCACGGGACGCUGGAGCCCGCGCCGGAGCCCAGGCUGCUGGAGGCGCUGCAGGGCCUGAGCGUGGCCGCGGUGGCCGCGGGUGGCUGGCACUCAGUGUGCGUGAGUGAGGCUGGAGAUCUGUACGUCUGGGGCUGGAACGAGGCUGGCCAGCUGGGCCUACCUGCGCGGGGCCUGGGGGAGCCCCAGGUGGCAGAAGCUCCCAGCCUGGGUGGCGACACAGCUGCUGAGGACAAAAAGGAGGCGGACCCCUACAUCGCCGUGCAGCCUUUUCCAGCCCUGCUGGACCUGCCCUCCGACUCGGACGUCAUUGCGGCCAGCUGUGGGUCUCGGCACACGGCGGCCGUUACACGUACAGGGGAGCUGUACUCCUGGGGCUGGGGCAAGUACGGGCAGCUCGGUCAUGCCGACACCACCAGCCUGGACCGGCCCCGCCGCGUGUGCUACUUCGCGGAUCAGCAUCUCCGGGUGCUGGCCGUGAGCUGUGGGCCCUGGAGCACUUUCGUGUGUGCUGAGGAGGAGCCGAGAGCAGCCCCCUGAGCCCAA